GUAAUCCCAAAAGCAUAUUAUACGGAGUAAUCUUACCAAAUUCGUAGAGGAUUCGACCCGACGGAACUGGCAUAUUGAGAUUUCAAAAAACUUCAGGCUGCCGUCCAAGCAGCUCACACGUCAAUUUCAAUUUGAAUCUGGAAAAAACUCCAGGGUUCGGGCUUUGAAAUGUCGAUGGGAAGCGACACCAGCUGGGUGGGGAAGAAGCCUCUGAGACGCCUCGGAGGCAUGUCCGAUGCCCUCUCCAUCGCUGCUGAUCUUGGUUUCUCUGUUAACCCUCCUCCUUCCCAGGAAGAACUCCAGAACUUAUCUAGUACUGGUGAAAAGGGUGAUGACUUGAUAAGGGUUUUAAGAGAACUUACCACUGUACAAAGAAAAAUAGCAGAUUUGCAAGUGGAACUUCAAGGUCGAAAGGAAGAUAAGAAUGUGGCGCAUCUCACGCAUGUAAGUGAAAUGGAAAAGAAGUGCGAGACUUUAGCAAGGAUUACUGCUAUAUUGAAAGAUGUUAUUCAAAAUAAGGAUCGCAUUAUAGCUCGUCUUCAACAACCAUAUUCACUAGAUUGCAUUCCAGUGGAAGCAGAAUUUCAGAAACAAUUUUCAGAAUUAUUGAUGAAGGCUGCAAGUGAUUAUGGUGCCUUGACAGCAUCUGUUGCAGAUUUCCAAUGGACUCAAAAUUUCAAGGAGCCACCUUCAGUAUGGGGGGAAAUGCUCCGCCCAAUUCCUGUUGCUUUAGCAUCAUGCACUCGAUUCUUUGAAGCUAUGUCUGCGAUGAGAGAAUCGUUUGCAACACUUCAAAAUCUAAGGGUGGGUAACUCUGCUUCCUCCUUGCCUACAACACCUGCCAAGGAUCCCUAUCAAAGAAUACCAGGGGAUUCUGAAUGCGUGACUCCACCUCCCUGGAGAAAUGAACCAAGCUUUGAUGAUUUAGCUGUAAGGAGUGUGAGGAGGCAAGAAAAUGAAAGGCAAGAAGUGGAGGAUGAAAAUAGUGAAGUGGGUGAAUUUAAUGAGGUUGAUGGCACGAGCCACAGGAGAUUGUCUUGGCCUCCUUCAGUUAAGAAGAGUGAUGGGAAAAGUCUGUACUAGAACAUCUCAUGUGGUUAAACUCUACUGCUUUAGAUUUCAAAGUACCCGACAAGCGCGAUAAAUGUAGCUGCUGCUAGUUGGUUUCAUUGGUGCAACCAAGGGAUGUGAUAUUGCAGCUGUGUCAUUGAUCCAUAAGAAUUCAGAUUACAGUUGGGUUCUGUUCCAAAGGGUAAGAAAUUGCUUGUAAUGCAAUAAAGCCCGCCUAACUCUGGUGAGUGUGCCACACAUUUUUCAAUACUGUUGCAUGUUUAAAGCUCUUGUUGGUUUGGUCACACAAACCUUGUGCCCAGACAACUCAACAUCUAUCCAUCCCUUCACAAAGG